AUGGCUCGUACGAAGCAAACUGCUAGAAAAUCCACCGGAGGUAAAGCUCCAAGGAAGCAACUCGCCACCAAGGCGGCGAGGAAAUCAGCUCCGACCACCGGAGGAGUCAAGAAGCCUCACCGUUACCGUCCCGGAACCGUCGCUCUCCGUGAGAUUCGUAAGUAUCAGAAGAGUACUGAGUUGUUAAUCCGUAAGCUUCCUUUCCAGCGUCUCGUUCGUGAAAUCGCUCAAGAUUUCAAGACGGAUUUGAGGUUCCAGAGCCACGCGGUGUUGGCGUUACAGGAAGCUGCGGAGGCUUACUUGGUUGGUUUGUUUGAAGACACGAAUCUGUGUGCGAUUCACGCUAAGAGAGUGACGAUAAUGCCUAAGGAUAUUCAGUUAGCUAGGCGUAUUCGUGGAGAGCGUGCUUAGAUGAAUCUUUAUCUUAGUAAUGUUUUGAGAAUAUAAUGCUUUGGUGUUAUAAUGUCUCUCUUUGAAGUUUUAAGGACAUAUGGUUUAUUGAUGUUAUGAACAAACCGUUUGUUAACUCUUGUUUCUCUCUAUUAUGUUGAGUUUAAUUGUGUGAAUUCAUAAUCAC